AUGGGUAUCUCUGGCCUUCUUCCUCUGCUCAAGUCUAUCCAGGUCCAAAAGCACCUCUCGGAAUUCGAAGGCCAAACCCUCGCAGUCGACGCAUAUGUCUGGCUACAUCGCGGAGUAUACACAUGUGCGACGGAGUUGGCAACGGGAAAGAGGACCAAUAAAUAUGUCGACUACGCCAUGAGCCGCGUGCGGCUCCUCAAGCACCACAAGAUCCAGCCAUACAUCGUCUUCGACGGAGGUCCUCUCCCAGCCAAGCGCGGCACCGAGUCCGAGCGCAAGCAGCGACGCGACGAGAACCUCGCCCGCGCGAAUGCGCUCGCCGCGCAGGGCAAGCACACCCAAGCGCGCGAGUUCUACCUUAAGUGCGUCGACGUGACGCCGCAGAUGGCGUUCCAGCUCAUCAAGGCCCUGCGAGCUGAAGCCGUCCCUUACGUCGUCGCGCCAUACGAGGCCGACGCGCAGCUUGCGUACCUCGAGCGCACCGGGCUCGUGGACGGUAUCAUCACCGAGGACUCGGACUUGCUCGUGUUCGGCUGCAAGCACGUGCUAUUCAAGCUCGAUGCUGUCGCGUGCACGCUUAUCUCGAUCCAACGCAAGGACUUUGGGUCCGUCACCGACGCGGGCGGAGUAUCCCUCGUGGGCUGGAACGACGCGCAAUUCCGGGCCAUGGCGAUUCUGAGUGGGUGCGACUACCUGCCGAGCAUACCUGGUAUCGGUCUCAAGACGGCCGCGACACUUCUGCGGCGACACAGAACGGUCGACCAGGUCGUCCGUGCCUUGCGUUUCGAAAGGAAGAAGAAUGUGCCGUAUAACUAUAUCGAGAGCUUCCGGCUGGCAGAGAAAGCGUUUCUUCACCAGCGGGUGUAUUGUCCGCUCGCGGAGCGACUCUUGUGCCUCGGUGUACUACCGGAGGACGUCCCGUUGGAUCUGCAACAGGACGCGUAUAUCGGAGAGUGA